GUGCGUGUAUAAUAAUAGAUCAACCAAGUAGUUCAGAAUUUUGAAGAUACCUAAAAAAAAUGAAAAUAUCUUCUUUUGGUCGUGGUGGCUCCUCUCCUUUAUCCGCUUGUUUUCAUCCUUCCGCCACCGCGAUAAACGAGGAUCUACCGUCGUCUGCUCCCUCGCCGUCAUAUUUAUCCGGUGACCUUCCAAAUCCUACCACCACUUGCCAUUACCACACUAACGUUGGUGUUUUCUUCCUUACCUGGUCUCAAGCCUUCCUCCGUCGCUCUCUCCACAUUCAUUUCUACUCAUGCCACUCCGUAAACUGCUAUCUUCACUCUCCUGAUUGCUACCGCAACUCCGUUCCCUUCACUUUCCGGCUCGAAGUCAAGCCCUUGACCUUUUGGAGAAAACAUGGAUCCAAGAAGAUAUCUAGAAAACCCGAUAUCCGAGUUGUAUGGGACUUGACACAUGCAAGAUUUGGAUCAGGACCUGACCCGGAAUCGGGGUUUUACGUUGCUGUCUUUGUAUCGGGCCAAAUGGGUCUUCUCGUCGGCGAAGGAGACUUCAAAGAGAGACCUAGGAGACAAAUCUUGGUGUCCAAGAGAGAGAAUCUGUUUGGAAACAGAGUUUACUCAACAAAAAUCAAGAUUCAAGGAACACUAAGAGAGAUUAGCAUAGACGUUAAGGUUGUUAACGACGAAGCUAGUCUCCGGUUUAGCUUAGACGAUAAGAGUGUUUUAAAGAUUGAUAAGCUUCAAUGGAAGUUUAGAGGAAACACAAAGAUUGUGAUCGAUGGUGUGACGAUACAAAUAUCAUGGGAUGUAUAUAACUGGCUGUUUGGUGACAAGGAUAAGGUUAAACCGGAUAAGGUACCCGCGGUGUUCUUACUACGGUUUGAGAACCAAGAGGUUGAAGGAAACGAUGCGUUGAUGAUGAACAAGAGAGUAAGAGACAACGUGGUUUUGAGGAAGGAGAACUCUAAAACGCCGUCGUUUUGGGCGACUUCGUAUGGUCAUUGGUCUUCUUUUACUAGGAUGCCUAAUGUGAUGGAGUGGUCUAGUUGUAGAGAGGAAGAUGAGAGGAGCUUUGGGUAUAAGAGUUGGUUCUCUUUGGUUAUUUACGCUUGGAGAAAGUAAAAAUGGAGACUCGAAUCAAUUUUUUUUUUUUUUUGUAUAAAUAUAGAGCUAUCAUUUAAAAAAAAAAUAUAUGGAUAUACGAAAGUGUGUAAGAAUUAGAGAUUUCUUUUAAUCUUUGGUAUUGGUUUGUAUACAAAUGGUUUAUAGGACAAAAAUAUUUUGGGAUGAGACAA